ACUUUACGAGUGCAUAAUUGGACUUAAAACUUCAACUCACUCUCAUAGUCUCAUUGGAGAGGAGUGAGAAACAAACAACAGCAAGGAACCCAUACUUAGAGAGAGAAACUAGAGAGAGAAAAAGGGCAUGAAAUGGGAUGAAUGGUUGAGAAAUGCAGCUGGGUUUUACUACCCUUCUUCGGCUGCUAAUUAACAAGCUUUACCUCUUCGUUCUCAUUAAUUAAUGUUUGGUUGGGGAAGUAAUAUUUGGAAGAGAUUGUAAUUUGCUUUGGUAGUGUAAGGAUUGAUUGUCCCCUGAUAUUCUGGCCUGGGAUAAUCUUAAUUACUGGUGUGGAGACCAGUCUUUAGCGCGGUCGAAACCGGCUGCUUGCCUGCUCAUUGCAGCAGUCAUGGCGACCUUAUUGCACUCGGAGUCGAGGCGGUUGUAUUCGUGGUGGUGGGACAGUCAUGUCAGCCCCAAAAAUUCUAAAUGGCUUCAGGAGAAUCUUAAAGACAUGGAUUCCAAAGUAAAAGCAAUGAUCAAGCUCAUUGAAGAGGAUGCUGAUUCAUUUGCUAGGAGGGCUGAAAUGUACUAUAAAAAGCGACCUGAGCUUAUGAAACUGGUGGAAGAAUUCUACAGAGCAUACCGUGCGUUAGCUGAAAGAUAUAAUCAUGCCACUGGAGAGCUCCGCCAUGCUCAUCGAACAAUGGCACAAGCAUUUCCGGAUCAAUUACCAUUUGCACUAGCUGAUGAUGCAGCCUCGAGUUCUGGGUCGGAUACGUCUGAAACACCACAUCCAGUUCGUUCUUCUUUUGAUACAGAUCGUUUUCAGGGGCAAUCAGCUUCCAGUUCACAAGGCAGUGGAACCAGCAGGAAAGGUCUGAAACAGCUUAAUGAUAUGUUUCGUUCAGCUGAAGUUGGGACAGAAGAGUCGAGUACUGCAGAUAGUAAGUCUGAAGGUGGCCAAAAUUGGCAUGACAGUGGAACGAGAGAGAAGGAUUCGGGAGGCAUGCUAUCUCAGUUAUCUAAGGAGAAUCAGAAGCUGAAGAAUCAGGUUCUUAAUGAAUCUGAGCGAGCAAGUAAGGCUGAAAGUGAACUGGAAACCAUGAGGCGGGCCCUCGCUGAGCUUGAAGCUGAAAGAGAUGCUACUUUCCUUCAAUACCAGCAGAUUCUGGAUAAAAUAUCUAGUCUGGAGAAAGAUCUCACUCACGCACAAAAAAGUUCUGGGGAUAUUGAUGGGAUAGUUUCUGAAGCAAAGAUUGAAAUUCAAGCAUUAAAUGAAACCCUUACGAAGAUGGAGGCUGAAAGAGAUGCUAGUCUUUUGCAAUACACACAAACUUAUGAAAAGUUAGCUGUUGUUGAAAGUUCACUCUCUCAAGCUUUGGACGAUAAAGAAAGAUUAAGUGAGCGAGCUGCAAAUGCAGAACAUGAAUCUCAAGAUUUACAACAAGAACUUGCUAGAAUACAAGCCGAGAAAGAAGCUGCUGAGCUUCUGUACAAUGAGUGUCAAGAAAAGCUAGCUGAUUUUGAAAGAAAACUUGCAGAGGCUUUGGAGCGCUUGAAACUGUUCAGUUUGCAGUCUGAAAAGGCAGAGAGUGAAGUAAAGGCCUUGAAGGAAGAAAUCGACCGAGUAAAUGAGGAGAGAGAUUCUUUGGCUCUCCGUUAUAAGCAGAGCUUGGAGAUAAUUUCUAAACUGCAGCUGGAUUUGAGUGAAGCUCAGGCAGAUAAUAUCCGGCUUAACUCCCAGAUCUUGCUGGGAACUGCUAAACUGAAGGGUGCAGAGGAGAAGUGUGAUCUGUUGGACAAAAUAAAUGAAACUCUACAGUCUGAAGCACAGAAGUUAGUUCAGAAAAUAGCAGCAGCAGACCAGGUGCUUUCAGAAAAGGAGGUUAAGCUGGAAAAAUUGACUGCCAAUUUACAAGAGGAACACUCUCGAUUUGUUCAAGCAGAAGCUACUCUCCAUAGUCUUCAGGAUCUGCACGUUCAAUCACAAGAGAAGCAGAAUGCUCUCACAUCCGAACUCAGAAAUGGGCUCCAAAUGAUGAAUGAUCUGGAGAUAAGCAAACAGGAUCUUGAAGAAGAGGUUCGGAGACUGAAGGAUGAAAACCAAUCCCUGAAUGAUUUGAAUUCUUUCUCCUCUGUCUCUCAAAAGAAUCUCCAAGAUGAGAUGUUGAGAUUAACGGAGGUCAAAGAGAAACUUGAAGCCGAAGUUAAAUAUCAAGCAGAGCAAAGUGAUGCUCUCCAGUUUCAGGUUCACAAUUUAAAAGAAGAAAUUGAGAGCAUAUACAAGAGAUAUCAGGCUCUCAUGUUGCAACUGGAGUCUGUUGGUUUAGAUCAAGAAUGCUUUGCAUCAGCAGUGAAGGACUUGCAAAAUGAGAAUUUGAGGCUCAAGGAGAUAUCUGUGAAAGAUAUGGAUGAUAAAGAAGUUCUUGUCAAAAAGUUGCAAGACAUGGAACAGCUUCUUAGAAAGAACUCAAAUUUGGAAUCCUCAUUGUUGGAGGUAAAUGCCGAGCUACAAAGAUCAAAGGAGAAGUCGCAGGCUCUGCAGGAAUCUUGCCAUGAUCUGAAUGAAGACAAGUCUUCCAUUGUUGCAGAGAAAUCUGCCCUUCUUUCCCAGCUACAAAUGAUUACAGCGACAAUGCAGAAUCUCAUAGAGAAGAACACCUUGCUGCAUAAUUCCCUUUCAGGUGCGAAUGCUGAAUUGGAAGGUUUACGAGCUAAGUCAAAGGGCUUAGAAGACUUUUGCCAGCUACUCACCAGUGAAAGAUCUACUCUUCUGGCUGAGAGAGGUAGCCUGGUUUCUCGGUUGGAGAUUGUGGAGCAGAAGCUGGAGAGCCUGGAAAUGAGAUUCACAAACUUGGAAGAUAAAUAUUCGGGUCUCGAAAAGGAAAAGCAAUCGACACUUAGUCAAGUAGACGAGUUAAGGAUAUCACUUGAUUGUGAAAAGCAAGAACGUGCAAGUCUUGUGCUGACAAGUGAAACAAGAUUAUCAGGAUUGGAGGGCCGCAUCCAUGAUUUGCAAGAAGAAAACAAGUGCAGGAAGAAGGAAUUUGAGGAGGAGCUAGAGAAAGCUGUCAAUGCUCAGGUUGAGAUAUUUAUCUUGCAGAAAUUCAUUCAAGAUAUGGAAGACAAAAACUUUUCGCUUUUGAUUGAGUGCCAAAGACACAUUGAAGCUGCUAAAUAUUCUGAAAAGCUGAUUUCAGAAUUAGAGAGUGAGAACAUGAUUCAAGAAGUAGAAGCUGAGUUCUUGUUGGACAAAAUCGGAACACUGAGGACAGGAAUUAAUCGAGUUCUGAAAGCUCUUGAGAUCAAACACAUCAGUGAAACUGAAGCUGAGCAAAAUUUUGUUCCAUGUGUGCUUGCCAGUAUUAGAAAUAUCAAACACUCUUUGUCAGAAAGCAAGGAAGAUAAUCAGAAGAUGUUGGUUGAGAAAUCCAUUCUGACAACAAUACUUGGGCAGCUUCAUAGUGAAUGUGCAGAGCUGUCAUCCAGGAAGAUCGCCCUUGAGCAGGAAUCUCAAACAUUGACUCAAAAACUUAUGUGGGUCGAAGAUGAGAAACAUCUGCUUCUGGAGAGGAACAGGCAGCUGAGUAUGGAAUUAGACACGAGAGAGAAGAUGGAAGAAGCGUUGAAUGCGAAAGUGGAGGACCUACAUGCUAAGAAAACACAACUAGAAGGUGCAUAUGUUACACUUGAGGAUGAAAAUCUGUCCGCUUUUGACCAAAACAGGUGUUUGCAAGAGGACUUGUCGCACAUUAAGAAGGAAAAGACCAUCUUAGAAGAGGAAAGUAAUAAUAUCCUUGUUGAGGUCCUUGCUUUCAAUUAUCAGUCUAUGAUCUUGAAGAGCUAUGGGAUUGAGAAAGCUUGGGAAUUGGAGGAAGUUUUUGAAGAGAUGAGUUCCCUUGGCAAAGCUUUGAAUGAUCUUGAAAGUGAAUCCACAAAAUUGGAAGAAAAUCUGCUAGUGAAGGAAAUGGAGAAUUUGGCUCUGAAAGCAUCAAUGGAGGAGUUGGAAGAUAUGCAACAUGAACUCAGUGCUCGUAAUGAUCAGUUGAGACGUGAAAUCUCUGAUGAGAAGGAGUUGAGGAACCAAAAGGAAAGAGAACUUUCAGAAGCGGAGCUAAAACUCAAAGCAAGAGAGGAUGUAAAUGCAGAAUUGUGCGGUACUGUUCAGUAUCUUGAAAAGAAUUAUGAAAAUUUAGAGGUUACGAGAGCUAUUUUACAGCAACAGAUGGUUGAACUAUCUUACGAUAACAAAUAUCAGGAGAAGGAGAUUGUUUCUCUUCGAGAUGCUAAUGAAAAUUUAGAGUCUGAAGUAGGAAAACUACAUGAAGAGAUAGAAGAAUAUAAGAUCAGAGAAGUGAUCUUAGCUUCAGAGCUACAUGAAAGAAGCAGUGAAUUUGAACUGUGGGAGGCUGAGGCAGAUUCUUUCUAUUUUGAUCUUCAGAUUUCAUCUGUACGUGAAGUUCUGUUUGAGAACAAGGUUCAUGAUCUAAGCAGCUUAUGUGAGAGCCUUGAAGAUGUAAGUAAUCAAAGAAGUCUGGAGAUUGAGACUAUGAAACAAAGAGUUACCUCGCUGGAAAGUGAAGCCGCAACUCUAAAAUCCCAGCUGACUACAUGCCUACCACUUAUAGCCUCUCUCAAGGAUAAUGUUGCAUUGCUUGAGAAAAAUCCUAUCUUGCAGUCUAAGCUACACACUACUUCCACUACAGAAAUACAGGAACAUUUUGAGCAGACAGGGCAAAGUUCAACAUCUUCAAGAGGCUUUUCUGAGCUGGUGAAACUGCAGGACAGAAUCAAGGUGAUAGAAGACAUAUUGCAAAAAGAAAAGGAAAUGGUUUCCGUGCAGGAACGAUCAAAUACCAACAUGAGACUUGAAGCUGCACUGAAAGAAAUUGAAGAACUGAAAUCAAGAAUUAACAGUCACCACCAAGAGGAGCAUCGACGCAGUAGCUGGGUUUCUGUAUCUGAAACUUGUGAUGUAAAAAGCGGGGAAGAGAUGAAGGAUAUACCGCUUGACCAAGCUUCAGGUCGUUCAUUCCAGAGUGUGAGUAGGAAAGGCAGUGCUGGAUCUGAUCAUGAUCAGAUGCUUGAGCUAUGGGAAGCAGCAGAGCAAGACAGCUCCCAUGAUCAAGUAAUCAGUGAGGUGCACGAACAAGGAACUGAUACCAUAGAAGAUGAAAUUGUAGACCAAACUAGUUUAAAUCCAACUCCAGAAUCACAAUUUGAGAAGGAGCUAGGAGUUGAUAGGCUUGAAUUGUCCACGAGAGGUACUCAGUCGUCUAAAAAAGGAACCAAGAAAAAGGUAUUGGAGAGACUUUCUUCUGAUGCCCAGAAGUUGAUAAGCUUACAGGUUUCGGUCCAAGAAAUGAAAGGUAAAACGGAGCCAAAGAAGAGAAGGAAAAAAGGCGAAGAUGUUGAAUAUGACACUUUCAGGGGACAACUACAGGAUGUAGAGAAUUCUGUCGUCCACUUAAUGGAUAUCAAUGCCGAAUUAAUCAGGAGCAUCGAGGAGAACUCAGUAACUUCAGAGGUGAGGGUAGAGAGAAUGACAGAUGAGGUUGAGAGUGCCUGGCAAAGGAGAGUCUCAGAGCAAGUAAGGAUAGAAGCAGAAAAUAUUGGCAAAUUGGAGGUAGAGAUGCAGAGAAUGCAGUAUGUUCUGCUGAGACUGAAGGAUGAUAAGAAGAGUAAAGACAAAGAGGACGGUUCCAGAACCAGUGCUUCUUCAGUGUUGAGGGAGUUUUUCUACAGUCGUGUGCGGAAGAAUAAAAAACAGAAGAAGCCCCGUUUUUGUGGCUGCUUGAGACCUACAGCUACAAAAAUCUGAGGUAAACUUCAUCUUGUUUAGUUGGUUGAACAUUUUACUUUUCCUAGAGUUACUGCUCACUCUACGUUGCAGGGUCAGUCCUUUUUUGUUGGGAUCCUCUGCAAUUUCUAGGAUUAGAGCCAGGAAACAUUCUGAUCUAAUUUAUGAUUGAAUAUUGAAUUCCUAGUUUAUGAUUGAAUAUUGUAGCAAAUCAAACUCUCCUAAUGUAUGAGUAUGAGUAUGACUAUUAUGUUUCUUCUCCUGA